UAUCAUAAUUAUGCUUGAAAGCUUCCUGACAGUUUCCUGGGACUGCUACUUAUAGUCAAGUCAUAAAAAAAUAGCUACAAAUCUACUGCACUUUGUAUCAAUCACUGCAAGAGGGAGAAAGAAAAAGAAGACUCUCUCUUUCACUUUUUAAAACAAUUUUUACAAAGAUUGCAACCACUGUUCUCCUCUCCUGAUGCUUGCUCUCAUGAUGUCUUCUUCACUCAGCAACACUAGCAAGACAGGAGGAGGCCCUCGAAGGCAUAGCUUCAACACUCUUGAUGAUGCUGCUAAACAGUUUGAGCUGCAGCAAGAAGAACCGCCAACCAGUCCCGGGAGCAGGAGUAGUCCUACCGGAGGAAGAGGAUCCCCUCCAUUAGUAAUGAAAACUCAUGAUGCUCCAGUUCCUACUACGACUAGUAAUAGCUCAUCUACUGCGGUCGCUAAGGAAGACAGUUCCUCCCGCAAGCGGGAACGAACCAGCAGCAGUAGCAAUGAUGAAGCAGAGGAGACAAGUAGCUCUUCUAAGAGGCCCACAGCUAGCAACUCGCCACCAGUUUGCAGCAGCACAAGCUCCAGUAAUACAGCCUCUAAUGUCCUCUAUGGGUCUACUCUAGGCUUGAAACAAGAGCAACAUCAUGAAGCUACAGGUGGAGAGAGUCUUUUCUUGCCACAAGAUCCAAACACUUGGAGCGUCGAGCAUGUGUCACAAUGGCUAUCAUGGGCUGUCAAAGAAUUCAGUUUAGAGCAGUUCGACCUGUCGCAGUUUGCACUAACCGGAGAGCAACUUCUCUCGCUUUCUAAAGAAGAUUUCAUGAGACGUGCUCCGCCACACACUGGGGAAGUAUUACUAUCACACCUCAACCUUCUCUGCACUAGAAAUACUGCAAUGUCUAAAUCAAGCGAUGUCAUUGCUGACAUCAAGGUUGCCUCAACAGAAAAUCAAUUACCAGACGGAGAACAGAAAAGCAAUUAUUCUUCACUGGGCUGGACUAAUUAUCUAUGGCCAGGAGCAUCAGUCGGUGAUAUCUCUUAUUGGCUCAAGGCACAGCAAGACUAUGCCACUGGGUCUGUAUUGCAGCCGAAUAAAUCGACUGGAGCUGUAGGUGGCAGCAAUCCUGAACAAAUUUAUUUGAAUAGUCCUCAAAUGAGAGCAGCAGCUGCAGCUGCGGCGGGAUUUUACCCAGCAGUUGCUGCAGCAGGACAGAUAAUAAGUCCAAUGACUUUAACAGGUAUCUCUUAUCCUCUGGGUAGCAAUACUCCUGGCACCAGUGCUAACAGACUGAGAGAUGGUAGGGUCGAUCAGACGACAGCUGCUGGUAUAUUUGACUGGUCUACAGCAUUCAAUACAGGCUCAACUUCUUCUCCACUUCAUUUCAAGAACAUUCCCUCAACACAUACAAAAGUCUCCUCUCCUCUUCUCUCUCCUGUACUUAAGCUGACCAUGGGCCAACCCUCUUCCCCUCUAUCUCAUCUCCCCUCCACAGCAAUGAUGAUACCGCCACCUCCUUCUCUUGCUAAUAUAUCUCCAUUCAUAUCACAUCAAGGUCAGAUACAACUGUGGCAGUUUUUGUUGGAGCUUUUACAAGAUGAGAAACACUCCAAUAUCAUAACGUGGGCCGGGAACGAUGGAGAAUUUAAGCUCCAGGACCCAGAGGCGGUUUCUAUGCUGUGGGGUAUGAGGAAACGCAAACCUAGUAUGAAUUAUGACAAGUUGAGCAGGGCCAUUCGUUAUUACUAUGAUAAGAAAAUAAUGCAUAAAGUGCAUGGGAAGAGAUACGUGUACAAGUUCAAUUUCGAUACAAUAGCUAAGUAUAUCAGCUCUGGUUCUUCGCAAAGCUCAAUACCAAAUGUGAAGAAGGAUGACAGGAGAAGCUUCAGCUUAAAUAAUAAUAAUAACAACAUUCCUGGUAAAGAUGAUCAAAGCUAUUGUCAGGAAGGAAGGGGAAGUGAAGAAGAGCUAAACGAAGGAUUGAUAAUGUCAUCACUGAUAGGAGGAGGCAGUGGAGAGGGUUUUAGCACUAAUGAGAGUGACAUUAAUACUACAGCUGCUGCUUCUAUAACACUGUCUUCUUCAUCAUUGCCUAUGUUUAAUAUACCAGCUGGUAGCAUGCCAACAAUAACACAGGGGACGGUUGACAAUAUAUUCAAUUGAUCGUGGUGCACUCAUUAAAUAUUCAUGAUUCAAUCACGGACUCAUUAUUAUUCAUAGCUCAUUCAUACACUCAUUUCAGGUUUUUACGAUUUAUAAUCAUUUUUGUAAAUAUUAUUAUUUUAAUUUUUAUAGAAUUUUAGUGAAAAGUGAAGGGAA